AUGGACACCGCAGCAACGACCGACGUACAAGCGACAGCGUGCAAUCCCCAGCUGCAGUGCCCACUCUUCAGCACUCUGCCUGGUGAGAUUCGCAACGAAAUCUUCGCUCUUGCGCUCGUUCAAUACGAAGACAGCGAGAACGCCUAUCCAGAAGACUCGUACUGGUAUCGCCCGGGAUUUUCGGGUCCGCGGAAGAGUAGUAGCGCCCUCCUGCAAACAUGUAAAGCAGCUUACUUUGAAGGUCAAAAGGCCUUCUUGAGAGAGCUUGAAUGGGCUUUCUGGUUUGGUCAGUCUCAAUUCCAUGUAGGAUUCAUGACACUAAUAGGGUAUCUGCAUCUAGACCGUGGUCCAGAGGGCCGGACAGGCAUGAAUUCAUGCCUAUCCUUCUUCCGCAAGCUCACGCCUCAACAAUCUCAAGACCUCAAGAAAGUCCGCUUCUUCAUGCAAAUGUUCAGAUUUGAAAAUGGGACUGAGCUGCAUCGCCUCUUUCACCAGCCAAACUUUAACCCAGAGAAGCUCACAAUCACAAUUCGCUACUCUGACUGGUGGUACUGGGAGAGCGAUACUCCUCUGCGAAUGAAGGAAGGUUGGCUGCGGCGGUUCAGCGGGCCUCCUGGGCUUAGAGAGCUCAAGGUGGAGUACGAGACCAUCACUCGGAAAAAGGAUGCGAUGAUGAAGAUCGUGGAGAGGAACAAGAAGUGGAAACUGAGUGUUGGGGACUCGGAGGAGGGCGGCCAUUUGAGCGCUGAAGGUACGAAGCUGGUGGAGUGGAGGUGGCAUGGGAAGAGUGCUCUUGGAGGCACGAAGUGGUAUCAUCACGGAGAUGGGGAUACGAUGGAAUAUGUUGUCGUGACAGACACCUGGCGAUAUGUUCCAGGGCCGAUGAGUGAAGAAGAUCUCAAAAAGCGAGAUAUUCUGCCUCCUGAACAUUACCCUGCUCAGGACUCCGAUGACUCCGAUGGGUCUGAUGAAGAGGAGGAAGAUGAUGAUGCUGAUUACUCGGAGUACGAGAUCGAGGAUGAAGACCUUUGA